AUGACAGCAUGGUUGAACUUAAAGUUGGUAUAUAUUUGUAAGUAAUAAUAAAUGAGUCUUAAAACACAAUAAACCCUAAAUAUAGUUUUAACAAAGAAAAAAGACUAAACAUUGUAAGACUCAAACCAGAGGAGGGCAGGGCAGAGAAGGGGGUCCUCGAUCACCAUGGCUACUGGUUUGAGUACUAGGAAUGGCAAUAUUGGCAUGACCCUCCCCACCGCCGCCGCCAGCAAACUCAACAAUCCAUUACUAUCCAAAGAAUGCAGCAACUGCAGUGGCCAUUCUCCCUUCUUUAUCCACCAAGUUCGCCACUUAGGCAUCCUCCGCCGCCUUUGCACUGCCUGUGUCCUCCGCCUCCACCCUUCCUCGUUCUGCCCUGCUUGCUUUACCUUCUACGGCGGCUCCCCACCCCAUCCUUCCAAACGUGUCAACUGCUCCAAUUGCUGCUCCCUAACCCAUUCUCACUGCGCAGGCGACACCGUUCUCACCUCUUACCUCUGCCCACCUUGUAAGGACUCUUCUUUCUCUUUCUUUCCUCUCAAGGACAACAAGAUCGACAAGAAGCUCGCUCACGCUUUGCUCUGCGCUGCCAAGAUUGCCUCCUUUUCCAUGGGGAAGGCCGUUACCGUAGCAUGGGCCGAGGCUGACAGGAAGGUAAGGGAGGCGGCGCUUGCAAGAAAACGGGCAAGGGAAUCCCUCGAACAUCUACUCGUUGUUGCUCGUAAGGAAAAGGCCAGAAAAGAAAAUGAGGCCAAAGUUGAGGACUUGGGCGUGGACAAUGGUGAUGAAGAUGGUGACGGUGAUGGGGAUGGGGAUAUUGAUGUUGAUCUCGUACGACAUAUAGAAGAUAGUCUUGUUAAAGCCGACGAUUGAGUUCUUUUUGUGUGUUUUGAUGGAGGUGUCAAAGCUUGGAAACCAAGGCUGUACAUUGUUUUUCAUUUAUUCUUCAUCAUUAUCUUACAUGCUUGCAUUGCAUCGUUUGCAGCAAGAAAUUUUGAUUGGUUUUCUACCUGUGUUAAUCCCACAAUUGGUGGUUUACAGAUUGGGUUGGGUCACAAAAACUGUUAACACUAUGACUCUCUCAGAGUUGAUCUUUGCUUUUUUUUCCUUUGCGUUUCUUCAAUAUACUACAAAAUUGUGUUAGAAAUGAGGACAUGAAGCAAAACAGAACAGACUUUGAUUUGAGUUCUAAA